CUCUAAUAAUAUUUUAUAAUUGUUUGUGUCAGAAAGCGUCAAUUUUCACCUCGCGAUAUAAGCCAAGAAUAACGUGAAUUUAUUGGGAAACGUGGUUAUAAUAUAGGCUUGAACCGUUUUAUUCGGUGCAGCCAGUGAAUAUAUAGUAUAGAAAAAUGGAAACUACUGCAAAAGAAGUUUCUAAUGGAGCUGUUGAAGCCGUUGCAAAUGGCGCUAAUGCAGUAACACUUCCAGAUAAAAUUAUAGAAACCGAUGAUUGUCUCGCCAAUUCGGAGAAUGGUGCAGAUAAUUCCAACAUAAAAGCAACAAAUGAAGAAAAUCGAGAAAACCAUAGCCCCAGUGUUAUUAAUAAGACUGCAGAAAACUCAAGGAAAUCACGUUCACCAAGCCCUCAGACACCAGCAUCUCCCACUAGGUCAGAUGCUAUUAACGAGAGCGCAGAAAGUAUAAAUAAAAAUAGCCCAAGAACAAAAAGUCGUAGUCGAAGUGGUAGUCAAAAUAGGAAUACAGUGCCAGCUGAUGUUAGCACAGAAAGUAAUAGAAUUAGCCGUAGUCGUAGUCGAAGUUUAAGUGCUGCAUCUAAAAACGGUUCAAGAAAAAACGACAGAAAUGGAAGUGCCGUAGACCGUUCCAGAUCGCGUAGUGGUUCGAAUCGCUCCCGAAGUGGUUCAAGACGUUCUCGCAGUGGCUCCCGACGUUCGCACAGUGGAUCGAUUCGUUCCCGUAGCCGUUCAAGAAAAUCACGAAGUGGAUCACGACGUUCCCGAUCAGGUUCACACCGUUCUCGCAGUGGGUCUUUGCGUUCACGUAGUGGUUCACACCGUUCACGCAGUGGAUCAGCUCGUUCUCGUAGUGGAUCUAGACGCUCCCGUAGUGGAUCUGCACGAUCACGUAGUGGUUCCCGACGUUCCCGAAGUGGUUCAGUACGAUCACGAAGUGGUUCCAGACGUUCACGUAGCGGCUCAAGAAGGUCACGAAGUGGUUCAAGGCGAUCACGCAGUGGUUCAUAUCGCUCUCGCAGUGGUUCAAGACGUUCACGUAGUGGUUCUAGGAGGUCGCGAAGUGGCUCACGCAAAUCGCGUAGUGGAUCCAGACGAUCGCGCAGUGGUUCAAAUCGGUCUCGUAGUGGUUCUCGACGUUCUAGGAGUGGUACCCGUUCACGUAGUGGAUCACGACGCUCACGCAGUGGUUCAGCAAGAUCGCGAAGCAGAUCUGGCAGUCGUAGUAGCCGUAGUCGGAGCCGCAGCCACUCAAAGUCCAGAUCUAGAUCACGGUCUGGCUCUGUUGCACGUUCCAAAUCAAGAUCACGUAGUCGCUCUAGAUCAGUAUCAAAAUCACGCUCGAGGAGUAAUUCACGUUCGCCUUCCGUGGUCAAGAAAAGUAAAAAGAGAAAUAUUUUAAGCGAUUCUGAAGAUGAAGGUCCCUCGACUACGAAAAAACGUGCAAAAAUAACGGACACAGACAAUGAAGACGAAGAAGAGAAGGAUGAAGUGGUUAAAGAGGGUAAUGAAGGCGAGUCUGAGCAGAAGAAAGCAGACGAAAGUUCCGAUGAUGAAAAUAUACCAAUUGACGAUAGCCGAGAGAAUGAUAACUUCGUCUCGGACUUUGAUGCCAUGUUACUACGGAAAAAGGAAGAAAAGCGGGUGCGCCGUCGUAAGCGUGAUAUUAGCUUGAUAAAUGAUAACGACGACCUAAUCGAUCAGUUGAUUGUCGGUAUGAAAAAUGCAGCAGACGAAGACCGUCAAUUGAACAUGGAAGGUAGACCCGCAACAAAAAAGAUUUCAAUGCUAAAAAUGGUUAUGUCGCAGCUCAUUAAGAAAGACUUACAAUUGGCCUUUUUGGAGCACAACAUAUUGAACGUGCUCACGGAUUGGUUGGCGCCACUACCAAACAGAAGUUUACCUUGCGUGCAGAUACGUGACAGCAUUUUAAGAUUGCUAGCAGAUUUCCCCACCAUUGAUAGAAGUUAUUUGAAACAAUCAGGAAUUGGCAAGGCUGUUAUGUAUUUAUAUAAACAUCCGCAAGAGACAAAAUCAAAUCGCGAACGUGCCGGUCGUCUAAUAUCGGAGUGGGCGCGUCCGAUUUUCAAUUUGAGUUGCGAUUUUAAGGCCAUGUCAAAGGAAGAACGACAAGAGCGCGAUUUAGCACAAAUGCCACGCCGACAGAAAUCGCCAGAGCCGCAACCGACAACAUCCUCCAACAAGAAGAAGGGUCUAAACUCAGCCUUUGCAAAUAAUGACGAAAAGCCAUUACGUCCUGGCGAUCCUGGUUGGGUAGCGCGAGCACGUGUACCCCUGCCAUCAAAUAAGGAUUACGUCGUACGGCCGAAAUCAACGGUCGAAGGCGAAAUUUCAUCGUCGACGAAACGUAAACCAAAUCGUUUUGAAAAGCAUAUGAAAAAGUUUUUGGACGCAAAACGUUUGAAAUCGUCCAGACGCGCUGUUGAGAUUUCCAUUGAAGGACGCAAAAUGGCACUAUAAGCUGUGUAAUGCACAUUUCUAAAGUGAUAGAAAAUCUACUACAAUAAAUUCAAUGUAUUGUCUGUCCCCAUGUACUAUUGUAUUUGUUCUACUUAUAUGCUUACGCUGGAUAUUGCUUACUGGAGAGCCCAUCAAUAGGUAUUACAAUGAAAAAAUGUAUGUUAAGACACAUAUAUCACAACGUUUGGGAUUACUUCUGAAAACUGUGUACCCAACGUGGUUAAUGAAAUUUAAAUAAAUAUAAAUCAUUAAAAUUA